AUGGGUUUCGACGCGGUUUCUUUCAUGAAGGAUUUGAUGGCCGGUGGGACUGCUGCAGCUAUCUCCAAGACUGCAGUAGCACCAAUUGAACGUGUUAAACUCCUGCUCCAAGUUCAGGCUGCUUCUACCCAGAUUGCAGCUGACAAGCAGUACAAGGGCAUCGUUGACUGCUUCUCUCGUGUAACCAAAGAACAAGGAUUCAACUCAUUGUGGCGUGGCAAUCUAGCCAAUGUCAUCCGCUACUUUCCAACUCAAGCUCUCAACUUUGCAUUCAAGGACAAGUACAAGCAGAUCUUUCUGAGUGGUGUCGACAAGAAUAAACAGUUCCCUCGCUACUUUGCUGGCAACCUUGCCUCUGGUGGCGCUGCUGGUGCAACCUCCUUAUGCUUUGUGUAUCCCUUGGACUUCGCCAGGACUCGCUUGGCCGCUGAUGUCGGAAAAGCUGGUGGUGGUCGUGAGUUCAAGGGACUGGGAGAUUGCCUGACCAAGAUAGCCAAGUCCGAUGGGAUCAAAGGACUGUACCGUGGCUUUGGUGUGUCUGUGCAGGGUAUCAUUAUCUACCGAGCUGCCUACUUCGGCACUUACGACACUCUGAAGUCACUGGUUCCAACCGAGUACAACAACUUCUUUGUUAGCUGGAUGAUCGCCCAGGCUGUUACCACUGGGUCUGGGGUUGUCAGCUACCCCUUUGACACCGUUCGUCGUCGUAUGAUGAUGCAAUCUGGACGCAAAGACAUCCUGUACAAGGGAACCUUGGAUUGCUGGAGUAAGAUCUUUAAGCAGGAGGGACCGUCAGCCUUCUUCAAGGGGGCUUUGUCCAAUGUUCUCCGCGGUACAGGAGGCGCUUUGGUACUCGUCUUGUACGAUGAAAUCAAGAAACUUCUGUAGAUGUCUUCCGUUUGUACAAUACUCAAUUUCAGUUGAAAACUCCACACAUAAAUUUCUGAUAAUGUUCGAAUUCAGUCCCUUGGAAUACUGCAUACUUUAUUUCUCACCUUAGUUUACAAUUCGCAAAAGAAAAUUCGCAAAUUAGAAAAACCAAUUCUGGCUCACCCAACUUGAGCUAGCGUUAUUUAUUUUUAAGAUUUUGACAAGUUUAAAAUGUGUUCAACUUAAAUAAUAAUGUGUACAAUUAACAAUUGAAUAAUAUGCCUAACUAUAUCUAUG